CAGCCAUGCAACGGCUUCAGGGUUCCUCCCUUCUGAACCCUCUCCUUCCCUGCAAUGGCUUUAAGGACCUUCCCUAAUCAUGGCCCCAAUCCUCCCUCCUCCCAGCUGUGAGGUUUCCCCUCCUGCCCUGCCCUGCCACUGCCGCCAUGUCCGAGCGGGAAGAGCGCCGCUUUGUGGAGAUCCCGCGGGAGUCGGUGCGGCUGAUGGCGGAGAGCGCCGGCGUGGAGCUGACAGACGAGGUGGCCGCCCUCCUGGCUGAAGACGUCUGUUACCGCCUGCGAGAAGCAACCCAGAACAGUUCCCAGUUUAUGAAACACACCAAACGCCGGAAGCUGACAGUGGAAGACUUCAACCGAGCCCUGCGCUGGAGCAAUGUAGAGACGGUGUGCGGCUACGGCUCCCAGGACGCCCUGCCGUUCCGUUCCAUCAAGGAAGGUGAGCUGUACUUCCAAGAAGAUCGCGAGGUCAACCUGGUGGAGCUGGCUUUGGCAACCAAUAUACCCAAGGGCUGUGCAGAGACGGCGGUGAGAGUCCAUGUCUCUUACUUGGAUGGGAAAGGGAAUCUGGAGCCACAAGGAUCUGUGCCCAGCGCCGUCUCCGUGCUGACAGACGACCUUCUGAAGUAUUACCAGCAUGUGACCCGGGCUGUGUUGGGGGAGGACCCUCAGCUGAUGAAGGUCGCCCUUCAGGACCUGCAGACCAACUCGAAGAUUGCUGCCCUCCUGCCUUACUUUGUCUACAUCGUGAGCGGGGUCAAGUCGGUGAGCCACGACCUGGAGCAGCUGAACCGCCUUCUGCACGUGGCCAAGAGCCUGAUCCAGAACCCCUACGUGUGCCUGGGCUCCUACGUCAAGAGCCUGAUUGCCAGCGUCAUGUACUGCGUCCUGGAGCCCUUAGCCGCCUCCAUCAACCCUCUCAAUGACCACUGGACCCUACGUGACUAUGCAGCCAUGCUCCUGGGACACAUCUUCUGGACUCACGGUGACCUGGUGAGUGGCCUGUACCACCAGAUCCUGCUGUCGCUGCAGAAGGUGCUGGCCGACCCUGUCCGGCCCCUGUGCUCCCACUAUGGGGCCGUUGUGGGGCUGCAUGCCUUGGGAUGGAAGGCUGUGGAGCGAGUCCUGUACCCCCACCUCUCUACCUACUGGUCCAACCUACAGGCCGUGCUAGACGACUACUCCGUCUCCAAUGCUCAGGUGAAAGCCGACGGGCACAAGGUGUACGGGGCCAUUCUGGUGGCCGUGGAGCGGCUUUUGAAGAUGAAGGCCCAGUCCCUCUCGGCCCUGGCCGAGGGCUCCGGGGGGGAGGGUCGCCCGCAGGAGGGCUGCCCCUGGCUCAGCCCCCUCCAGGACCCCCAGGUGGAGUUCGGUUUCGGCAUCGCCAGCCACCUGCUGCAGCUGGGCAGCGGAGGGCCCCAGGCGGGCGUGGGCAUCGCCGCCAACCCCCCGGCCGUCUCCCUGAACGAGAUCUACCAGGAGCUGUACUGCUUCUUCGGGGACAGCCUGGCCAUCCGCUUCGGCACGGGCUCGGGGCUGGGCCCGGCUGAGCCCCCGCCGGCCAGCGCCCCCAAGGUGGCUGACGCCAAGAAAGAGCAGCCGGCCUUUGGGGGCGGCGGGGACGCCGUGCGCAAGAUGCCCCAGCUGACCGCCAACGCCACGGUCAGCCCCCGGGAAGAGGAGAGCCCCCGCGGGGACUUUGCCGCCGGCCGGCCCGCCGUACACCGCUCCGCCAGCCUGGCCCGCUCCCGCAGCGCCUCGCGCCAGCAGGGCCACCGGCCGGGCAUCCGGGACGUCUUCCAGAAGAGCCGCUUCUCCCCGCCGGGGGCCCCCUGCUUCAGCUUCGUGAUCGCCGGGCGGCAGGUGGAGCGGCGCUGCCAGGGGCGGCUCUUCCAAACCGCCUUCCUCCAGCACCACGGCCCCAGCCACGUCUCCCGCUACGCCCAGAAGCUGCCCAUGAUCGGCAGGACCAGCAAGCCGGUCAAGAAGUGGGCCCACUCGGAGUAUUCCCUCUACCUGCCGCUCUGAGCGGAUUGGAGGGGGGGCGCGAUGCGUGCAGCCCGUCUCAUUCAUCUCGGCCACGGAUCGUGGCUUGUGACCCCCUUCCCCGAGGACCUGCCUGCCUGCCUGCCGGGGGAUGAUGGGAGUCGCAAGGCCAACGCCGCUGUGGGGAACUAAGUUGCUUUAGCGCCACAGUUUCCCCAAAGGAAAGGAAGUGGAUUCCUGAGGAUUUGGGGCUUCUGUUGGUGCCACUGAAGUGACAUCUGUGCCUCCCUCCAAGGAGCCAGCCCUGAUCAUUCUGCCAAGAGGAACUCUGCACGAGCCACCACCCCAAACCAAAGUCUUAAAAACCUUCCGUGCUUUGGGGGGAUGGAUUUGUCGUUCUCUGUCGCUCCCAUUAACUUAUCAGUUUGGCUGUGGAAUCGGUCCCGUAUCCAGCUUUUCAAGGCUGCUCGGAUCUCCCUUGCUUAGAAUGAGAGGCUCUCUUGGGCACUGUGUAAGGUUGCCACCUUUUCCCCUGGUGUGUGCUCCUGUGCUUUGAAGAGAAGCUCAACACGCUGAAGUUUAGCAGGAGGACUUGCCUUGCUCUAUGUGUCUGUGAAGCAUCACCUACUGCUUUCCCUCCCCCAGUCAGGCUGCUAUUAAAAUGCAGAGGAACAGAGCUGAUAAAAAAAUGUGGCAACCCUAGAACUGGGUGGAGAAGGGAUGUGUGUUUCUCUGUUUACGAAGCAGCUCCUGGCAUUAAUUUAUCAAUACAUUAAAGGAAUAUUCAAUCUGUUGAAAACUUU